GCAACCGAAGCCUCCAGACUGUGAUACGAUGCAUUGAAAUUCUUCGUCUAAAGCUUCAGGUUUUCAGAAGUGCAUCACAAGAGGGAUAAAAAAAAAGAAAGAAUUUUUUUAAAAAAAAUACAUUUUUGCCAUUUUAUUUGCGCUUCGAAAUUCUUUCGCCCAUGUUAUGUCUUCGAAAACUUAAUGUCGCCCCAUGCUCCAGCUAGAAAAUCGUCGUGUUUGUAGCAAUCGUAAAAAGCACCUGUUGCUCGUGUUAUGUUUGUCUCUCGUGUGGUCCGGGGCGCAACCGUGCAGUCCGGGCCGCAGCGGGGCCCGCAGGAGAAGCAUUCGAAAGUUGACCCCUCUGGUAUUCAAACAGCACGUCCCAAAUGUUCCAGAGAACAGUAUAGGGGCUAGCGGGCCAGCCGAAGAGCGAAUUAGAAGGGGCGACUCCAGAUUCAAAGAAUUGGUUCUCAACUAUAAUCCUGAUAUUGUCUAUAAAGACAAAAAAGGAACAGGUGCCGACAGAGUCAUGACACAGCGCCUGAAGGAAAAGUUAGACAACCUAGCUAUUUCAGUGAUGAACCAAUGGCCUUCCGUGCGUCUCCGAGUCACAGAGGGCUUUGAUGAAGACGGCUUCCACGCUCCUGCAUCUUUGCACUAUAGCGGACGGGCUGUUGACAUCACGACCAGCGAUAGAGACGUCAGCAAGUACGGGAUGCUAGCCAGGCUAGCUGUGGAGGCUGGUUUCGACUGGGUUUACUUCGAGUCCCGCUCGCACAUACAUUGCUCUGUGAAGAAAGAAUCGGUCCUGCCAAGUAGAAAUAUUGGAUGUUUCCACGGCAGUUCAGUUGUUAGUACCAAAAAGGGUCUAAAGAAAAUAAUGGACUUAGAAGAAGGGGACGAAGUGGCUUCCAGUUUCCAUGAAAACGGGCAGAUGUUGUACAGUCAAAUCAUAACUUUUCUUCAUAAAGACACAGACCUUCAGACUGUUUUUGUGCGCUUAGAGACAGACUCUGGCAAUAUUCUUUUCUUAACUCAAAUGCAUCUCAUUUUCAGAUUGAUAAAUCACAGUCCUGAAGCGACAUUUGCAUUCUUAAUAGAAGAAGGUGAUUUAAUCUUUACGAAGUCUAAGACCAAUAACCUUACUUUAGCAUUUGUUACAAGUGCGACACUUGUGACAAGGAAAGGCGUUUAUGCACCGCUUACAGAGUCUGGAACCAUUUUCGUCAACGGCAUUUGGGUUUCUUGCUACGCAGAAGUGGCCAGUCAUGAUGUGGCGCAUACUGUUUUAUUCCCUCUUAGAUUGCUUCAUGUGAUAAACAAUUUCGCAUUAACUUCUUAUCGGAACUUCUGCGACAGAUGGAGGUUUUCAAGUUACAAUUCAUCGGAAGGUCAUGUAAAUACAGCCGGGCUUUUAAUUCAGAAAGCUGACAAUGAAGGUUUUCACUGGUAUCCAAGAAUUCUUUUUUGGAUAUUUGAAGCAUUUCUUAAAACGUGAAAAAAAAAAUUGUUGAAUUUUAUCCAAAGACAUUUUGAAUUUGAGAUUGAAAUGCCUAGAAAUAUUAAGUUUGAAAUUUUAUCCAGAACUUCAUAUUAGAAUAAUAAAAAUGAUUAUUAAAAUGUUUUAGAAUUAAUUAAUUUAUAGGUUGAUGAUUUUUUUUCCAUUUUACAAGAUGAUGAUUGAAGACACUAUAAGCCGAGCAAGUAGAAGGAUUUAAAAAAAAAUGAGAUAUCAUAUAAAUGGCUUGAUAAAUAUGAACACUAGCACUGAAUAAUACAAUAAUUUUACGAAUUUUUCCCCUUUAGAUAUCACACUCAAUCCUCUGGCUGAGUAAUUCUGUAAAAUCACUAUUUAGAUGCGAUGCUGCAAAUAAGU